AUGCAAGGUGCAAGUGCUUCUUCAGGGGAGCGAGAGAAGGAGGGAGGAGGUGGUAAAAAGGAAGAAGAUGAGGAGAAAAACAAGGAUAGUGGGACGAGUUCCGCAGGAGCUGGUGGGACCGCGGAUGACCCGUCUUUCUCUGUCAAAGAAAGCAGCUUGUCAGACGGCAAUCUCAAACUCAAAAUUGGGCUCCAAGCAAAACGCAUGAAGAAGCCUCCGAAAAGCCUGGAAAAUUACGUUUGCCGUCCGGCUUUCAGGGCAACUGUCCGGCACGCUCCGCGCAGUGGAGGUAACGCCAAAUCCAAAAGUGCGUCUACAGGAGAUGGAGCAGGCAGCCAGACCAAGACCCCUGCCGCUCAGUCCAAGGACAAAGAAAAGGGAGAGAAGAGCCCCUCUGUCAACAACAAAACAUCUUCCAGUAAUAAAACAGCCUCAUCUUCAACCACAGCAGCAGCUAAAGCACCUACGCCUCCCCCCUCCGCCCCUUCACCCCCCAACACCAACACUCCUGCACCUGCCCAAGUCAACGGGAACGUUCCAACUAAAAAGGGCACACCAAAGAUGGAUGGCAAGUCUGAUUCAAAGUCAGACUUAAAGUCAGUCAACACCACAUCAGAACCCCAAAGUCAACACAGUCGGGACAGUCCGUCUGUGACUGAGGAAACAAGUGUAAAAGACUCUGAAAAAGACUGCUCCAGAGACCUUACCAAAUUCCCACCUUUAUCAGCCUCUGGAAAGCCAGAAGGAAAAGAGAAAGGAGCUAAUCAUCAGUUAUCGCUGGCUGAACGGGGAAAAAGCUCCAGUCCCAGUAAACGUACUUCCAAUCAGGACAGUGGGAGACAAGGCCGAAACAGCAGCCCUACUGAGGCCGUAAGACAGAGGGUACCUUCUCCAGAACCAGAUGAUGACGAGGGCCCACCCACACCCCUCAGAGACGACUCUGCUGACUCCUCCUUAGACUCACCCUCAGAACAGGACAGCAAACCCCUCAAGAAACGCAGGGGCCGCAAGCCUCGUCGCAAAACGGACAGUGAGAGCAGUCACAGGAGCUCGUUUGACCAGGACAGAACCAGCCGUAACUCAUCUCCAAGUGCAGAGUCUCCUCCACCUGUAAAACGGCCGGUCGGGAGGCCCCCCAACCCAAAUAAGAUUAGACCCACCUCUCUGUCUCACAGUGACAUGUCAGAUCUGUUCUCGGAUCAACCCAGAAAACGAGGUCGACCAAAGUCUACAAUGCCAACACUAGAUUCCCCCACACGAGGAAGACCCCCUAAUAAAUUUGCACCAUGUAAAGUGUUCCCGUCUUUCCUGAAGUCCAAAGAGGAGCAAGAUCCUCCUGUUCUUCACCCAGAGAUAGACUUAAACCCCCCUGAGCCCAUGCCCAGAAAACGAGGGCGUCCCAAGCGCCUGCCCCCCACUCUACCACAGGAAGGCCAGCCCCCCACACUGGCACCUGAAGCAGGAGAGAGGUUUCAUAACAGAGGAAAUGGACAACUCAUCAUGAAAAGUAUUAUAGGUAAAAUCAAUAAAAUGAAGAGUGUCAAAAGGAAGCGCCUGCUCAGUCAAAUCCUUCUAGGUCCAAGGACAGAGGAGCCCCCCAAAGUCACCCCUACUGUCAACCCAGUGGAAAAUCUUGCUGCUUCUUUAGGUGGGAAACUUGGCCCCCAGAUCAAUGUGAGCAAAAAAGGCACAAUAUACAUGGGCAAGAGAAGAGGUCGGAAACCUAAAGCGGCCACUAAUUCUACUAGUCCCAGUUCGGAGCCUUUCCUGUCCCCUAGCACCAGUUUGUAUCACCACCAUCAAUCCCAGUCCCAUCAUCACUCCUCAGACGUGUUCCCCUCUCCCACUAUGUCUCAGUCCAGCGGUGGCCACAGUCCUCACAGCGAUGCCAGCUUCGUGGAGCCUGGUUCAGUGCACUUUGGCAGCCAUCCUCACUAUUCCAGCUCCCACCAUGGCCAUGGAUCCUUCUCCUUCCCUCCUCCUACUUUCUCUGCUCCAAAUCCCCGAAACACUGGCCUCCUCUUGUCUUCUCAGAAAAAGUCAUCUUAUCGCGGAUAUCACCAUCACCACCAUCAUUACAGGCAGCACUACCAUUACCACAAGCUUUCCCCUCCCAGGCCUUACCAUCCCACCUCGCCUGCACCCCUCAGUGAACUUAAAGAGGCAACGCCAUCACCCGUCAGUGAAUCUCAUAGCGAGGAAACGGUCCCCAGUGACAGCGGGAUCGGAACAGACAACAACAGUACAUCUGAUAGAGGAGAGAAAACCGGUAACAGCUUAGGUGGUCUAGGCCUGGCACCGGGUCUCGGAGGUGGGUUGUUGAUGCCUGGGGUAAUCGGUUCAACUAUGGGCCCAGGAGUAGGGCUCAACUCCAGGGGUCGACGGAGACAUUCUGCAGUACUUAUAGAGCACCCCUCGCCCUCGCCAUCCCCCCAUAACACCAGAACUUCACCAGAUGCGAGAAGACCACACCCAGCAGCUCCCGCCUCUUCACUAUUGGGCCACAAAGAAAAACACAAGCACAAAUGUAAGCGUCGCAGUCACCACGGCUGCCCCGGCUACGACAAACUCCGAAAGCAGAAACGAAAACGCAAGAAGAAGUACUUGCAGCUGCGAUCCAGACGGCACGAUCCGGACUUUUUGGCAGAGUUGGAGGAGAUUGUAAUUAGACUAAAUAUGAAGAAAAAGCGGGGAAGACCUCCCAAACUCAGAGAUUCAAUGUCGGAAGUUCCGUUUGUUCCUGGUCUUGGAUUUCCUCUGUCAAGUGGAGGAUUCUACCACCCAUCGUACGGUAUGCCCUACUCCUCCAGCCCUCUUAGUCUGGGCUACUACAGAGGCUUCCCACCGACCAGUCUUUUCUCACACCCGCAUCACCAGUCGCCACAUUCGUCAACAUCACACCACCACGCGCCCACGUUCCCCCCGCCCCCGUCUUCCUACAUGCACCACCCAUCGCAUCUCCUACUGAACCCGUCGAAAUUUCACAAGAAGAAACACAAGUUGCUAAGGCAGGAGUUUUUGGGAAGCGGGAGAUCGCCUGUUCUUUUCCCGCCAAUGUCCUCUGAGCUUUCCUUCAACUGGCACCAUAAGCACAAGCACAGACACAAACACAGAGAGCGGUGCGUUGAUGAAGAAGCCGAGGAAGAAGCACGAGCUGCAUCUGUGGGGCGAUCCAGCGUGGAGAGCGGCCCGUCGGUAAAGGGAAGCAGCAGUUUAAACCUGGGGGAGCAGCGAUGCCGUUUCGGUCGCGACACACCAAGCGGUAGUAUGAGCAAGCAGGGCACCAACUCCCCAUCUUCCUCUUCCUCAUCGUCCGCAGACAGGUACAAGCGAAUGGAGGGCGCAAUGUCAUGUCUGGGCCCGUCUAGACUGACUUUAGGAAGCAGCUCAAAGGGGCACCACUCUGGAGAGUCCUGGUUCAGAAUGGGCAGCGGCUGUGAGGCAGAUUACGCGAAGCUAUCGAGGAGUCACGCUGCAACCGCUAAGAAUCCCUUUGCGAGUCAAGGAGCAGAGGAGCAGGGAGGAGGCUCGGACAGUGAAGAUGACGAGCCUCUGUCGCCUUCGGAGGAUGCGGAGCCUGAGAAGGACUCUCCAAACCUCACUAACCUGUUCACCUCUGCCCUCUCCCGCAAUAAUAUGAAGAGCAGGAAGUCGGACGGAGAGAGCAGCUUCUCGCGCAUGGACCGGGCCAUUCGCAAGGACCAUUCCACAUCAGGCGAAAGGAGAGAACUCGGAUCCUUGUCAGCUCAGGGAAGAGGAGGCCUGUCCGACGCCUCUGACAUCGGCUUCUCCAGGCUUCACCAAACCUCUCUGUUCCACUUGCGUGGCUCGCCCUCGUCCCCAGACCUGAGCGCCUCGCUGCCACAUCUUCUGUCCCACCGCGACAUCUCCUCCAAACGCAGCCUCCACCACGUCACCAAGAUCCUGCGCGCCAAGAAGCUCCAGAGACAGGCGCGGACGGGGAACAACAUGGUCAAGAAGAGGGGUCCGGGCCGCCCCAGGAAGAACCCCCUGCCCUCCCCUCCUCCCUCGCCCUCCCCGCCUCUGGAUCUGCAGGAGCUGAGUCACAACCGUCAGCGAGAUCGAGGGCGGGAAGGUGACACGGUCAAAAAAACCAUUGAAUGUGUGGUUCAAGGGCAACGCAGGAAAACCCAAAAGAGAAAACACUGGGAUGGAGAGGACGAGGAUGACGAGGAGGAAGAUGAACUGGAGGAAGGGGAGGUCCGGGAGUGUGUGGUGCUGCCAGACUUGGACAAGAUUGCAGCGGCCAAAUCUGGGACCGCAACAGCCUGGCCCAUUCCAGAGGAGGCCCAGCAACAUCCGAGCCCAGUGGAAGACAAGCCAGACGGACAAGGCUCCCCCGAACUCUCAGGACCUGUCCCAAGCCAACGCGAAAAGAGACCCGCUAGACCACCAAAGAAGAAGUUUCAGAAGGCAGGGCUCUACUCUGACGUCUACAAAUCAGAGGACCCAAAAAGUCAGCUGCUACAACUGAAGAAGGAGAAGCUGGAGUACAUACCGGGGGAACACGAGUACGGCCUGUUCCCGGCUCCCAUACAUGUCGGAAAGUAUUUGAGACAGAAGCGCAUUGAUUUCCAGCUGCCUUACGACAUCUUAUGGCUGUGGAAACACGAUCAGCUUCACAAAAGACCUGAUGUUCCCCUUUACAAAAAGCUUAGAUCAAAUGUGUACGUCGACGUGAAGCCUCUAUCUGGUUACGAAACGACAACAUGCAACUGCAGAGCUCCGGAGGACGCGAAGGAAAAGGCCUGUUUGGACGACUGCCUGAACAGGAUGAGUUUUGCCGAGUGCUCCCCCAGCACCUGUCCCUGUGGAGACCGCUGCGAUAACCAGCACAUCCAGAGGCACGAGUGGGUGCAGUGUCUGGAGCGCUUCAGGGCCGAGGGCAAAGGCUGGGGCAUCAGAACCAAAGAGACACUGAGCUCGGGGCAGUUCAUCAUCGAGUACCUGGGGGAGGUGGUCAGCGAGCACGAAUUCAGGAGCCGCAUGAUGGAGCAGUAUUUCUCUCACAGCGGAAACUACUGCCUGAACCUGGACAGCGGGAUGGUCAUCGACAGCUACCGUAUGGGCAACGAGGCGCGCUUCAUCAACCACAGCUGUGAACCCAACUGUGAGAUGCAGAAGUGGUCUGUGAAUGGAGUGUAUCGCAUCGGUCUCUUCGCGCUCAAAGACAUCAGCAGCGGCACCGAACUCACCUACGAUUACAACUUCCACUCGUUCAACACAGAGGAACAGCAAGCCUGCAUGUGCGGUUCGGAGAGCUGCCGCGGCAUCAUCGGCGGCAAGAGCCAGAGAAUCAACGGGCUGCCGGGAAAAGCUGGAGGGACGAGGCGGCUAGGACGGCUGAAGGAGAAACGGAAAUCCAAACAUCAGCUCAAAAAGAGAGAAGAAGAAUCCAGUGACAGCAGUAAAUGUUACCCUCACCUCAUGAAGCCCAUGUCCAACAGAGAGCGAAACUUUGUGCUGAAGCAUCGAGUUUUCCUCCUGAGAAACUGGGAGAAGAUGAGGGAGAAACAGGAGCUGCUGAAACGUGAGGGCGAGAGGGAGCGCGACCCCAGCAGCCUGUCCAUGUACGCUCGCUGGGGCAGCGUGAUCCGAGAUGACGGCAACAUUAAGUCUGACGUGUUCCUGACGCAGUUCUCGGCGCUGCAGACGUCGCGGUCGGUUCGGACGCGGAGACUCGCCGCCGCCGAAGAGAAUACGGAGGUCACACGCACGGCUCGACUCGCUCACAUCUUCAAGGAGAUCUGCGACAUGAUCACCGGCUAUAAAGAUUCUUCAGGCCAGACCCUCGCUGCUCCGCUGGUGAACCUCCCGUCUCGGAAAAGGAACAGUCAGUACUACGAGAAGGUGUCGGACCCUCUGGACCUGAGCACCAUCGAGAAGCAGAUCCUCACAGGACACUACAAAACCGUGGAGGCCUUCGACGCCGACAUGCUCAAAGUGUUCCGCAACGCAGAGAAAUACUACGGCAGGAAGUCGUCCGUGGGGAGAGACGUGUGCCGCCUGCGUAAGGCGUACUACAGCGCCCGGAACGAGGCGGCCGUUCAGAUCGACGAGAUCGUGGGGGAGACGGUGAGCGAAGCCGACAGCUCCGACUCUCCGGAGCGAGAGCAGAACUCGGACUCUCACGACAAAGACGACGACGUGAUCCGCUGCAUCUGUGGCAUGUUCAAGGACGAGGGGCUCAUGAUCCAGUGCGAGAAGUGCAUGGUCUGGCAGCACUUUGACUGUAUGCGACUGGAGACCGAGGUGGAGCACUACUUGUGUGAGCAGUGCGACCCUCGGCCCGUGGACAACGAGGUUCCCAUGAUCCCACAGCCCAGUUACGCUCAGGCCGGGUCCAUUUACUACAUCUGCCUCCUCCGGGACGAGCUGCUGCUUCACCAAGGGGACUGUGUGUACCUGAUGCGGGACAGCAGGAGGAGCCCUGAGGGACAGCCGCUCCGACAGUCGUAUCGACAACUCACACACGUCAACCGCGACAAACUCGACAUCUUCAGGAUCGAGAAGCUCUGGAAGAACGAAAAAGGGGAGCGCUUUGCCUUCGGUCAUCAUUACUUUCGUCCACACGAGACGCACCACUCUCCGUCCAGACGCUUUUACCAAAACGAGUUGUUCCGGAUGCCUCUGUACGAGAUCGUGCCCCUGGAGGCCGUGGUGGCUCCCUGCUGCGUCCUGGACCUGUACACCUACUGCAAAGGACGUCCCAAAGGAGUCAAGGAGCAGGACGUGUACAUCUGUGACUACCGCUUGGACAAGUCGGCUCAUCUGUUCUACAAGAUCCACCGCAACCGUUACCCAGUGUGCACCAAGCCGUACGCCUUCAACCACUUCCCCAAGAGACUCACGCCCAAGAGGGACUUCUCGCCUCAUUACGUCCCGGACAACUACAAGAGGAACGGGGGCCGCUCCGCCUGGAAGAGCGAGCGUCCCAAAGGCGAGGGCUUCGAGGACGACGCCUCCUCUUCGUGCGAACGGGACUUUCUGAACGAGGACAACAGCCGAGGCGCGGAGGACAUGGACACGGACACGCCCCCUCCGGAUCAGGCCCCGCCCCCUCAGCCCCAGCCCCAGCCCAGCAGCAGCAGCAGCAGCCGGUCGCGGAAACACCGGAAAGGGGAGCCACAGCACCACAGCGCGGAGGUCGAAGAGGAAGCAGCGGAGACUGAAAAACGGAAAGAGGAAAGUACGCGUUCGGGCGAGACGUCGGAGCAGCCUUCGCCGUCGCCGCUGCCUCAUCUCGCGCUCGGCCGCAGGGAGGCUCAGCGGGAAAGACUCAACAAGAUUUUACUGGAUCUUCUGCACAGGACACCAAACAAACCCGGCGACGGCGCGAACAAGCCGAGCCGAGCCGCAGACGACUGA